AUAUCUUGUCUGAAGUGCUUCAUAAUGACUCGACGCAGACUUCCAUAGCACUACCACGUAAUUCGCGUGAUCUUUUACGUUCAAGGUAACCUUGACCGAGUUAAGAUUCUGCUCUACAUGCAAAAUCAUCCAUCUUACCCGGUGCUUUCGCAACUGCUCGAAAAGUAUCCUGCAACCGGAGGCGCGCUGUUCCAGGUGUACAAUGACCUGACGCUCGCACAAAAAUGGAUCGAUGUCGAGGUUAUCGACCUUCCAGCUUGCAAACGAGCCGCGAUCAAAGGCAAACGGCCAACUCCUGACACGGACCGAGCGCCGUCCAUCUGCAUUGUAGUACCUUGCUCGUUGUCUGAGUCAAUAUCUGCAUCGUGGCUUCGCGCUGCUUUUACUAGCCUUGAUCCUUUACCGUCAGAGAUUUAUGUGGCCAUUACCUCGGAAGACACGUCAACAGUCUAUUAUAAGAUCAGCCAGGGAAUCGUCAAGCCACCUGUAUAAGGCGUCCUGGCGCGUUUGACAUCGGCAGUUAGUCGAUAGGAGUAUCUAACUGAUGG